AUUCAAUUCAAUAUUUUGAAAUAUCUGUAUUUGCAAUACAAUAUUAAUAGUUUUUAUCUACAAUACUCAAUAUUUGUUGAAAAGAUAAAUAUCAAACCAAUAAAAUUCGUAUAGUUAACAAACUCUUCACUAUAUUCUAAAGACGAAAUAUUACUUUCUAUCUGAAUGAUUAAACUUGAAAAUGUUAGAAUAGGUCUUACCCUAUUGCGCUUCCCGUAUAGUAUUGUAUAAUAUUAAAAGAUCUAUCAAAACUGAGUAAAAAGCUCUGAACAGUUACGUUUGGUUUUCAAUAAGCUCUCUCCCACGCAAUUAUACUAUUAGUUUCUGUAAAGAAGUAUUAAUGUUGAUGUUUAAAGCAUGCCUUUAGCACAUCCUAUUGAAAAUGCUGGAUAUAUCUCGUAUUUAUUACAAUGCUGGGUUUUUGGAAUUGUACGAAAGAAAAAUUGGAAAGAUAACAUUCGAAAAUUUAUUACACCAGCGGAGUACGAUUCAAAGACUGUACACAUGUCGUUGAAAGAGCUAAUUGACAAAGAUCGAAAGAAUGGAAAGAAUAUAUCUAUUUUGAAGCAUCUGUUUACUUUAUCUAAAUCAGCCAUUUUAAAAGGAUACUUGUAUAGAAGUUUUGCUGUCACUUUUAGAAUGAUUAUUCCCUUUCUACUUCAAAAAAUAGUCUUUGAUUUGGAAAAUAAAGUAACAUACACAACAUAUCUUGCGACAUUCACAUUAAUAUUCUUUUUAUUAAGUGAUGGGUUCUUUGCUAAAUUAUCAACGUUAAUUGCGACAUAUCGAGCCAUUGCUGUUCGUGCCGCUUUAAGCUGUUGCAUAUUUGAAAAAACAAUGAAAAUAGAUUAUCAAGCAAGUCAUGAACUAACAACAGGAUUUAUUCUCUCUACAAUUUCAACUGAUGUUGAAAAAAUGUAUGUCUUUGCAUCAUAUGUCGGUGCUAUUGUUUCGGGCAGUUUACUACUAAUUAUAGUUACAGUUUUGAUAGCUAUCUUUUAUAAUCCUUUUGCUGCACUUGGUUAUUUUUCUUUGAAUCUUACGAUUGUUAGUUUUCUGUGUUUUUUUGGAUUUAAGCAAGGUUCCUUUAGAGCGAAAAUAGCAGAGAAAAGUGAUAAAAGAAUUUUAUUCAUGAAUGAAAUCUUGACUGGUAUGCAAACAAUAAAGAUGCAAGUGUGGGAAAAGUAUUUUAUAAAGACACUUGAAAAAUUAAGGGAAAGUGAAAUAUUGGAAAUAUUUAAUACUUACAUCUUUCGAAACCUCAAUAAAGCAAUAGCUAUUGUUGGAGUUCGAUUAAGCACAUUUUUGGUCAUUACAAUUUGCAAAUUAUUAGGUCAAGAUAACUUCACUUAUCCAAUCUAUAUACGACUUUUAUUGAUCAUUUCAUUCACCGAAUGUGACAUUUUUCAAUAUGCUCCGUUGUGUUUUUAUAUAAUAAAUGAAAUAAAAUCUUCAAUGGGAAGAGUUAAUAAACUACUAAAUGCACAAGACAAAAAUGAUAAUGAAAAGGAAAUUUCAUUGGAGCAAAAAGCCUCUCUAAAAAGAGAUGAUUUAGUUUUUGCAGCUUGUAAAAUUAAAACAGAAUGGAAGAAUACAUGCUCGGAAAAAUUGAAAUACUGUUUAAGAGAUGUGACAAUCAAAGCUCCAGAAUCCAAAUUAAUUGGUAUAUAUGGUUCAGUUGGUUCCGGAAAAUCAACGCUAUUAUUAACGAUUUUGAAAGAAAUACCACUUUUAUCUGGCUUCUUAAGGCGUCCAUCUAAAAUAUCAUUUGCUCCUCAACUAUCAUGGUUGUUCAAUGGUUCCAUAAAACAAAAUAUCCUUUUUCACGAGUCACUUGAUGAGAAGAAAUAUCGACGAGUUCUCCAUGCUACUUCACUUGAAAAAGACAUAAGCGGGUGGGUAAAUGGUGAUCAAACGCUGGUAGGUGAACGAGGUCUUAUGUUGAGUGGUGGACAAAAGGCGAGAAUUGUUCUAGCAAGAGCUAUCUACAGAGCUGCUGACCUUUAUUUAUUGGAUGAUCCACUGAGUGCUUUAGAUAAGGAAGUUGGAGGAGAAAUUAUGGCUAGAUGUAUAAAAGGAUAUUUGAAAGAUAAAUUAACUAUACUUGUUACGCAUCAAGUUUCACUUCUCAAGCAAGCUGAUGUUGUUUUUGAAUUAGAAAAUGGAAUAUGCAGAGAAGUAGCAGCAUCCUCUAUUAAAAAAUUUAAGUGUGAACAUUCAAAACAAAAGUCAGAUGAUACUUCCUACGAAGAACAAUUUAUAGAAGAGGAAGACAGCAGCACUGGAUUUGCUGGACUAAAAACAUAUUAUAACUAUUUUAAAAAUGGAACAUUGGUAAUCACUUAUCUUUGUAGUACGUUCGAUGCUUUUCAAUUUUCACUCAAAAUUAUGGCAGAUUUCGAUAUUGCGAUGGUAUCAGUUCAAAGAAUUACACAAUACUCGACACUUAGUCAAGAACAGGAUAAAAUUGACAAUUCCGUGGAAAAAUCACCAUCUUGGCCUCAAAAUGGACAUAUUAAAUUUAAAAAUGUUUCUUUGAGAUAUGAUGAAGGAUUGCCUUUAGUUCUCAAGUCAUUAAAUUUCGAAAUUAAAACAGGAGAAAAAAUUGGAGUUGUUGGAAGAACUGGAGCAGGGAAGAGUUCUCUUCUUGCCGCCCUCUUUCAGUUGACUAAAAUAGAGGGACAAAUUAUUUUAGACGAUAUCGAUAUUGUAAAUAAUUUAGAGUUAAGCAAAUCUAGAUCAGCGAUUUCGGUUAUACCACAAGAUCCUAUUUUGUUCUCUGGAUCAUUCAGGUCUAACCUAGAUCCUUUUGAUACAUAUACUGAUGAUGAGAUAUGGUCAUGUUUGGAAAAAGUUCAAUUGUCACAACGAGUGUUUAAUCAAAGGGAACAACUUGACUCCCAAAUUAUGGAAGGAGGAAAAAAUCUGAGCGUUGGAGAGAGACAGCUAUUUUGCUUAGCUCGAGCAAUUUUAAAGAAAAGUCACUUGUUAGUGAUCGACGAGGCUACAGCAAACGUUGAUAAUAAAACGGAUAAAAACAUUCAAGAGAUAUUGAAAAUUCAAUUCAAAAAGUGUACGAUGAUAAUCAUUGCUCAUAGGUUAGAAACAAUAAAACAUUGUGAUAGAAUCAUUGUUAUGUAUAAUGGUCAAAUUGUUGAAAGUGGUAGUUAUAAUGAUCUAAUGGAAAAGAAAGAAUAUUUAUACACACUUGCCAAUAGUUAA